CGACGUUGUAUAAGAGCGCUCUUUGUUGCCGUCCCGUUUGACACGGCGGGUUUUUUGGGGCCUGCGCUGAGCAACUGCGCGAACCGGGAUGAGUCACGUGACGCCGCCGAGUCACGUGACGCCGCCGCGCGGGGGCAGUUGGGAUCCGCGCGGUUCUCGUGGAGCCGCCGUGCCGGCUCGGCUCGGAACACGCGACCCGAGCCACCAGGACCCGUGCCGAGCCACCAGGACUCGCUCCACCGACCUCUCCUAAGCUGAGGGCAUCUGCAGGUCGGGACGAGCAGCGUGAAGUUAGCAGGCGAGGACCGCGCGAACGUGGAUGAAUGUGGGGUCCCCUGGGCCCGCUGAGGAGGGGGAGUCGCUGGUGCUGCUGGGAGUGAUGUCGCUGGUGGAGCGGCAGUGGAGGAUAUGCUGACAGGAGAUGGAGCGAGAUCGCGUGCAGCUACACCGGCUGCAGGAGGCACUGGAGAGGGGGAGCUCGUUGGUGGGCCGCGAAAGUGAGCGGCAUGCUGAGUGCGAGCGGCGCCUUCUCUGCUCCUGCGCCACCUCCUUGCUGGCCGCGCGCCCACGCCUCCUUCGCGCCGAAGGGCGCCUCCUGGAGCUUGUGGCGGCCACCACGCACGCCCGCUACCGGGCCGAGGAGGCGCGGGAACAUGCGGACGAGCUGGUGGCAUCUCACGCGCGCUCAUGGGCCAGGCUCGGGGGUGGCAGCGAAAGGGAGCCGGCACCCCCCGCAAACCCCACCCUGGCUGCCGCCGCCGCCGCCCAGCGCUGGCGCAACCUCGUUGCUCUGCGCGACGAGCGCCUCUCGAGUCUGCCUGGCGCCAGUCUCGCUGACUGGCACGCCGGGCCGCGGCGCGCACAGGCGGAGAUGGAGGCGCUGCGCUUGGAGCUGCUGCAUCUGAAGCAGGAGGAGGCAGCAAAGUCCACGGAGCUUGAGGAGCAGAGUCGGGCGCUAACGCACGCCCGCAGGGGGCUGGAGGUGGAGCACAAGCGUUGUGAUGCGGUGUUACGACGUCUGCGUGGGCAGCUGGCCGAGGCUCGGUCCCAGCGGGGUCAGCGCCCACUGUGACCCACAGGCCUACUGUGACCCUACACAAUCUCACUGUGACCCCACUGUGACCCCACACAACCCAACUGUGACCCCACAUUACCUCACUGUGACUCCAAAUGACUCCACUGUGACCGCACACAAUCCGACUGACCCCACACGACCCCACUGUGACCCCACUGCGACCCUACACGACCCUACCGUGACUCCACACGACCCCACCGUGACUCCACACGACCCCACUUUGACCCCACAUGACCUCACUGUGAUGACCCCACUGUGACCCCAAUCGACCUCACUGUGACCCCACACAACCCCACUGUGACCCCACACGACCCCACUGUGACCCCACACGACCCCACUGUGACCCCACACAACCCCACCGUGACCCCACACAACCCCACCGUGACCCCACACAACCCCACUGUGACCCCACACGACCCCACUGUGACCCCACACAACCCCACUUUGACCCCACAUGACUUCACUGUGAUGACCUCACUGUGACUCCAAUCGACCUCAUCGUGACCCCACACAACCCCACUGUGACCCCACAUAACCCGACUGUGACCCCACACCACCCCACUGUGACCCCACAGGACCCCUGACCCCACAUGUCCCCACUGACCCGACAACCCCACUGUGACCUCAAGCCUAAAGAUGACCCCGGCUAUGAAUUUGACCCCUGGGGUCGUGUUUAACGGCAAUAGAAGGGCUGGAUAUGGGGUGAGGUGGUGGUGCGGUGGCUUUGAGAUGUUAAUUACCUCGCCUGGUAUACAGGAGAUGGUUGUUUCAAUCCUGACCUUUGACGCCUGCUGUAUAUUUGGAGUUUGCGUCUCUCUCCUCGUGGUUGCAUGGAUUUUUCUCUGGGUCCUCCGAUUUUUCCCUCCACAUUUAGAAUAAAAAUAGGUUUAGAGUAUUUGGUUGCUAUACAUUUCCACAUAAUACGCCACUUUCGCUUAGCUAUCAUUUGUGGGCAGGUCGCUCCUGAAAAAGAGUUGUCGAGCUUAGUGGGCCUUCCCUGCUAAAAUAAAAAAUAGUUUAGUUUUGAUUAAGCAGUGGUGGUGGUGGUUCGGAGGAAGUGGUGAUGAGAUAAGAGUUGGUGGGGAGGUAAAGAUGAUGAUGUGGUGGUGGGGAUGACAAUAAUUAUGGGGUAGUGGAGAUGGUGAGGAAGUGGUGGUAAGAUUAAGGUGGGGGUGAGGAUGAUGUGGCGGUGGUGAGGUGAUGGCGAGGAGGGGUACAGUGGGUUGCCUUGGCGAGAGCAGAGGGCUUGUGAGCAAUCGAGAGGGAGCUGGGUUAAGAGCGAGCGAGUGAGCGGGCGGUCUGAAUAGCGGGUCAGCAAGCCAUGUCUCGUAGCUACUGUCGCCCGGCGUGGCGGAUGCUCGCACCACGUGCCCCACGUUUAGUUGACCCGCUUUGUUUUGUCUCAUUUGAGAUUCGUUGCUGCUCGUCUGAGACUGGCCUGGACCCUGACCCAUGGCUCUAACCCUAACAUGAGCCGAAACUCUUAACGCUGAUUCAACCCCUAACAGCCAUCCUACCACUUGAACUAACCCCAACCAUGACCAUGAAGGAUGAAGAACCCUUGACCCUAAACGGAGCGCUCUCCCUGUUGCUCGCCGCUCUUCUUCCUGCUUAUUGUCUGGGAUCCUGCUCUUCCUCCCCCUCGUCGUCCUCGUCGUCCCUCCUCCCCCACCACCCCCUCCUCCCUCCGUCAUCGUCGUCAAUUGGCUUCUCAUUAAUUUCCCGCUUGCCGCUCGCGCGGUCCCCGUCGUCGCCGCUUGUUGCCCGCGCAGGAGCCCGGUGCGACCUCGUCAGGGCCCCGCUUGGAACCGUCGCUCGCUCGUUAGUUAGCCUGCGCCACCCUCGUUUGCUGUCAUGGUUGCGCACGUGAGGUUUUAAUAAACGCGCUGUGCUUG